AAGCAUGCUCGAAGGCGUUGUUGAAAAGCAGGAACCAUGGCCCUUUUCCGCCGACGAAGCUACUCGUGUAAAUACAUGUAUCAACACACCCCUGAUCAGCUCCUCCCGCGCUAAUCCUCCCACCACGACUCCAUAAUUUCAGUUCACUCCAGAGAGCCCGGAGGCGAGAUCGCUUCUCCAGUGUUCCAUCGGCUUCAUCUCCAUCCUCACCGCUGCGACUCCGAGAUAGCGAGAGAGGGAGAACCCCGAGUGUCAGGCCCUGUGGAGAAGAUUGCAAAGCAUUUCUGACAAUCACACCAUCGAUCCCGUCAAUGGUUCCAUUGUUGCGGUGACAUAAAUUCCUCCUCCGGGGUUCUGGGUCGGCAAAACCCUUUUUUUCUUUUUCUCAUUCAAUUUUUUUUUUCUUAUCGAAGAUCUUGUGACAUUUUCGAGGUGAUUUUCCUCGUUGGGAACUUCUCCCACUCGUCUUCUCCACAUACGGUUGACUUACUUAUACUCGCCUCCUGCCCCGUGGCCGUCUUCUCCCUCCUGCUCUCCCCUUAUACCGUGUCUUGUCUCUCCCCGCAACCUUGUACCUUAAGAGCUUCAACCUUUCAUAUCCGCUUGCAAACCUAAAGGGAGAGAGACAAAGAAAGCAUCAUGGCGGCCAAAAAGCCUAACAUUCUCUACAUCAUGGCAGACCAGAUGGCUGCUCCGCUGCUGGCCUUCCAUGACAAGGACUCCCCCAUCAAGACCCCCAACCUCAACCGCCUGGCUGAGGAGGGCGUGGUCUUUGACUCGGCCUACUGUAACGCGCCGCUAUGCGCUCCAUCUAGAUAUGUCAUGGUGACCGGCCAGCUGCCCUCCAAGAUUGGAGCCUACGACAACGCAGCCGAUUUGCCCGCUGAUGUCCCGACGUAUGCGCAUUAUCUGCGCAACGAGGGCUACCACACUGCACUUGCUGGCAAGAUGCACUUUUGUGGUCCGGACCAGCUCCACGGUUAUGAGCAGCGCCUGACAUCUGACAUUUACCCCGGCGACUACGGCUGGUCGGUCAACUGGGACGAGCCGGACAUUCGCCCCGAUUGGUACCACAACAUGUCCUCGGUCAUGGAGGCUGGCCCUGUCGUGCGCACAAACCAGCUCGACUUUGACGAGGAGGUCAUCUACAAGUCCACUCAGUACCUGUACAACCAUGUCCGCCAGCGCACUGACCAGCCAUUCUGUUUGACCGUCUCCAUGACGCAUCCCCAUGACCCUUACGCUAUGACCAAGGAGUUCUGGGAUCUAUACGAAGACGUCGACAUUCCACUGCCCAAGCACUCCGCUAUCCCGCAUGACCAGCAGGAUCCCCACUCGCAGCGGGUACUCAAGUGCAUUGACCUGUGGGGCAAGGAGAUGCCUGAGGAACGGAUCAAGGCUGCCCGUCGCGCUUACUAUGCCGCCUGCACCUACGUCGACACCAACGUCGGCAAGUUGCUGAAGGUCCUGGACGACUGUGGUGUGCGCGAUGACACUAUCAUCGUCUUCACCGGCGACCACGGUGACAUGCUUGGUGAGCGCGGUCUCUGGUACAAGAUGACCUGGUACGAGAACUCGGCCCGUGUGCCUUUCAUCGUUCAUUCGCCUAAGCGCUUUGCGCCAGCACGCAUCUCUCAGAACGUGUCGACCAUGGAUAUCCUUCCAACCUUUGCCGAGCUUGUUGGUGCGCCUCUGAUCAAGGAACUGCCCCUCGACGGUGUCUCCUUGGUGCCGUACCUGACCGGCGGGGAUGGUCUCAAGACCGACACCGUUCUCGGCGAGUACAUGGCGGAAGGCACCCAGUCACCUGUCGUGAUGAUCCGCCGCGGUCGUUGGAAGUUCGUCUACUCCCUUAUUGACCCUCCCAUGCUCUUCGACGUCCAAAACGACCCUCUGGAGAAGGUCAACCUGGUAGCCGGCCUAGCGGAAGCCUCCCGCGCCCUCACCGUCGACUCCAAGGCUGCUGCCAAGAGCCUUCCACCAGCAACCCUACCUACACCCCUCGACUCACCCCGUGGCGAGGCACCUGUCUCUCAGCGCACCCCAACCCGCGACUACCCCUUCCCAACCCCACCACGGACCCCGAGCCCCGGAAAACAGGCGUACACCGUCCCCGACACCUCCGACCCAAGCAAGCUGCUCGCCCACUUCAUUGACGAGGUCCACGCCCGCUGGGAUUUGGAGAGCAUUCGAGAAGACGUCCUGCGUUCGCAGCGCCGCCGGCGCCUCGUCUACUCCUCCCUCAUCAAGGGCCACCCACAGAUCUGGGACUGGGAACCCCGCAUCGACCCGAGCACCCAGUAUGUCCGCAACCAGGGCAAGGGCGCUCUUGAUGACGUCGAAUUCAUCUCCCGCUGGCCGCGCGUUCUGCAGCAGGUUGCUGACGCUAACGGUGUGAAGGCCUAAUCUCAUCUAAUCUUUCUUCCUUUCAUUCUCAUCUUUCUGGUUUGGGUUGCGAGAAAAGAAUGUUUGCUUGUCUAUACUCUUUGCGUCUUUCCUGUUACAUUGGCGUUUUGAGCGAGGCGCUAUACCCGGCAUUUCAUCUUCAGCUUCGUAAUUUUCUUCUUCAUUUCUUCACAUCAUCAUUUCACGGCCCUUCAUGAUCACAUUUUAUCAUAGCAUUCACCUGACUCAGCCGAAGCCCUGUUUGAUCGCGCUUAGCGUUAGCGUUGCUUGAAUGCUUCUUCCUUUGCUUCUUCUUCUUUUGCUGGGCGGAUCGUAUCUCUUGAUUUAUGUUACAUAGAGCUGAAUAUGGGAGCAGGAUCUGAUUUGAAUAAACUGAUCUGGAUGUUCGUACAAAAUGUUUUGUCCUUUCUUUCCUUUCUCUCCUUUCGGGUUGAACAUGAUAUGUAUCUAGGAUUCUAGGUUCAUGGAGCUCCGCACUUGGUAAAUUACCCUUUUUGUCAACAUAUCUUCUCACUGUCCUGUAUUGAUGGGUGGUAUAUAGUAAUGCUUUCAG